UCCGCUAGCACUUGAAUGCAGCACUCCGCACGGCUGCCAGCUUUGUAUAGGUUUGUUCUACUGUUUUCUGGGGCGAGAGGAGCUGGAAAGUUCGUACUGUCUGUGUGCAGUUGUCCAACAAGGUGGUCAACACGUUACUUUUUAACGACCAGGCAGAAUAUGGAUUCUGGAAAGAUCAUGGUCAGAGCAUCAGGCAGCUUUCUGAUGAAGUCCCUACGGCCUCUGGUGAUUUACUCCUCUCUGUGUUAUUUGAUAUCUGGAUACACCGACAGAGACAGAGUAAAUGACUUGAUGUCCAGAUAUCCUCUUAUUGAUGGUCAUAACGACUUAGCUCUCCAGCUGAGGAUACUUCACAGCAAUCGCCUGAGCCAGAUCGACCUUCAUAAUGUGAGCAAAGUGGCUACCGACAUCACCCGCCUCCAAGCAGGCAAUGUGCAGACGCAGAUGUUUGCAGUCUAUGUGAUGUGUGGGGCCCAGGAGAAGGAUGCUGUGAGGCUGACUCUGGAACAAAUAGAUGUGGUCAGACGCAUGUGCACUGAGUACCAGGACUUUGAGCUGGUUACAUCUGCCCAGGAGCUGAAGAAUUCUGCGAUGAGGCAUAAGAUUGCCUGUCUAAUGAGCAUUGAGGGGGGGCACUCUAUUGACAGCAGCCUGCCAGCCCUGCGGAUGUUUUACCAGCUCGGAGUCCGCUCCAUGGCCCUCACUCAUACCUGCAAUACACCCUGGGCUGAGUCAUCCUCAAAAUUUUAUAAUGUCUAUCAAAGACAGAACAACAGCCUGACAAAAUUUGGGAAGGCUGUGGUGGAGGAGAUGAACAGACUUGGAAUGAUAGUGGACCUCUCCCACACUUCUUGGGACACUGCCUCGGCCACACUGAAGCAUUCCAAGGCCCCUGUUAUUUUUAGCCACUCAUCUUCCUUCUCCAUCUGUAACCAUGGCCGCAACGUACCUGACUGGCUGCUGCGUGAUCUGAAAAAGAAACACGGGUUGAUCAUGGUGAAUUUGCACAGCAAAUUCAUAUCCUGCAGGGAUGAAGCCAACGUCUCUCAUGUGGCUGACCAUUUUGAUCACAUUAAGAAAGUGAUUGGAGCUGAGUCUAUAGGAAUCGGAGGGGACUUUGAUGGUGCUUCCAGCUUUCCUCAGGGGUUAGAGGAUGUGUCAAAGUAUCCCGCCCUAAUCCAGGAACUCCUCCGAAGGAACUGGACGGAGAAUGAGUUGGCCAGUGUCCUUCGAAAUAACUUCCUGCGAGUGUUUGAGGAGGUGGAAAGGGUCCGGGAUCAGUUGAGUUUGAACCGGCCCAGUGAGGUCCAGAUCCCCCUAGAGGAGGCGCAGAACUCCUGCAGGCUGAUCCUCAAACGCCCUGACCCAAAAGGGCCCACUGACAGGAGCCCCUCCUCCAGUGCCCAACAUGGACCAAAAGGUCUGUUAAUCCUGGCCUUAGUUCUGCUGCUUUCCAGCCUAUUUAUGAUUGAAUGAAUAUAUUGAAACUUUAGCUACACCUUUUUAAAGUGCAUAUUUUCUUAAAUAAAUAAGAAGGGCUUCAUGAGAUUGCUUGUGGGUCAUCCCAGCACACCACAGGUCAGUAAAGAUAAGGGGAGAAUCACUUUCUUACCACCAAAAAUUAAA